UUUACCUUGUUGACGUCUUUCGCGUGUGAACAAUCAACGAAAUCGUAGUUCUCUAAAUACUUCUUCCUGGAGACUUGUACAUCAUCCCUUGGGUGCUCGUUUUAUUCUAUCAGGUCCAAAGAAUAUUAGUCUGGUGCCUAUUUGGCCAAACUAUUGGCAGAAAUGUUUAUAUUACGAAUAAAUCAAUGUAGAAAUGAGAAUCGGCCUCGACGCUCGCAUCACCUUAAAUUGUGAAAACAAAGUGUAGUUGAUAUAGCAGGAUGUGACAUAAAGAUGGUAUGGGGUUUCUAAAACCCGUGAGACACAAGACACAAAAGCGCAUUGUGUGAUAGGUCUAUUUUAUAUUUUGUUUGCGGUUAGCUAUUGCAGUGGGAAUGUGUUUUAUAUAUACAUAUAUAAUAGUCUAUGAAAAUACGUUAACUUGCUAUUGGUAACCGUGUAUAGUACUGUAUAGCAAAAGUUUAAAUGUGUAAUCGAAGCUAACUGAUUUUAAAAAUUUGUAUCAACAGAAUUAUAUUCUUCUUUCGAAUGUAUUAAAGAUUUAUUACAAAAACAAAUAAAAUUAAUUGAUGAAGUGAAACAAAAACAAAAAUAUUGGAAUGACUUUUUCAUUUUUAGAAAAUGAAAUAAAGAUCCAAGAACUAACAAUAAAAGUAACCUCAAUGAAGGAAAAUCUUCAAUGUGAGAAACAGGCAUUGGAGUAUAAGGAUCAUGAUUUAUCUAAACAUUUAGACUUUAUAGCAAAGCUAAAGGCAGAAAAAAUGAAAUUUUUAGAAGAAAAUCAGUUAUUAGAAUUACAGAGGAAUAAAUUAAAAAACUGUAAGCGAAAUUUGAAAGAUCAAAAAUUAUUAGAUCAGGGAAGAAGAAAAUAUACACUGUACAAAGAAUUAAGUGGAAUACGGUGGGAUUUUGAAACAUUUAAAGAAAAUGUUAGAGGUUAUGUGAAAAAUCAAAAAAAGUACAUUCAUCAUUUUUCUUAUAAAAAUGAAAAUGUACAAAAUUUAAAUAAGCUGUUAUGGCAAGAAAUAUAUCAAUCUAUAAUUGAAGCAGAAAAUAAAGAACAUGAUAAAGAAAGUGUACAAAUAAAUGCUGUAUAAGUGUAGUUUACAUUUAUAUGAAUAUUGAACAUUAAAAAUAGAUCUUUUAUUUUUUUAAACAAAAUAAAGAUUCUAUCUUUAUUUAUAUUUUAUAUUUUCAAUAAAGUCAUAAGUAAAACUUGGAAAAUUUUAAAAUAAAAAUAUUUUAAAGUAAAA